AUGAACGAUUGUGAAAUUGAAAGUCUGAAAACUGAAUUGGAACAUGAAAAGAACUGCCGAGAAUCAGCAGCUUGGCAAAAUGGAGAACUUGAGAAGCAGAUAGUACUGGUUCAAGACGAAUUGCGCAAAACCGAUUAUACAUGGGACCAUGAUGACGACUUGAUGAAAGAGAGUGCAAGACACAAGGUUUAUCAAGACACCAUAGAAACAUUGAGGGAACAACUUCCAGCAUUGAAAGACAAGAUCAAAAAGGCUAAGAUUUGUGGAGCCGACUGCAAAUUGAAACAUGACGACCUCAACAUAAACCUGGAUCUUCUUACACCUGCUGAACUGUUGCGGACAGUGAAAAGGUUUGAGCGUCUGAAAACAGACUUAAUAAGUACGCUGCGAAGCAAAGAGUGGCGCUUGGACUCGGAGUCUAAGUUGUUCGUGAGAGUGAACGACCAAAGAACUUAUUUGCAGAACGAGUUGAUGAUAUGUCAGAACAAUAUCAUGCGACUGCAAAAGAAUAGUACCUACUGGCAAAACGUCGCCCGAAAGAACGACGAGCGAGUACUUGACGCAAAGCGAGGACCUAUAAAGAAAAUUAUAGGGAACGAGAGGCUCGCACCCAUCGCUACGUAG